UGUCACUAUCAAUUUCCUGUCUCCAUUCCCAGGACAUCCUCCUCCACCAUCACCAUCAUAUACCUAUACCACCGCCACACAUACAAUGGAACCCGGAUCAGCAAAACGACGCAAGAUUGGCCAUUCACGCGGCGGUGAAAGCGCAGUUGGCAACAUCGACGCCGCUGCCUCCUCGGGUCUCUCGCGUGGCCGCGCAUUCAUCCUCGAAGCCGAAGAACUCGUCGACGAAGUGAAGCUCGACUAUGCCACGGCCCUCGAAGGCGUCGACUCCCUCCUCCACAAGAUCAAGGGCUCCAUCGAAGCCAUCGAAGCCCACGAUGCCCUCCAGAUCGCCGAGGCUGCCACCAAACUCGAAAAGAAACACAAGAUCCCGAUCCCGUUCCCCGAGCCGCGCCCGUCCGACAAGUCCAACUACAAGGUCGCCUUCGCAAAGCCUUCCCAGUUCAACGUUGUCGGCAGCUAUGUGUCCAAGACCAUGAUCAAGGCCCAAAAGAGCCAUGCUGUGGAUAUGGUGGUUGUGAUCCCCGGCGAGACUCUGCAAGAGAAGGACUACCUCGACCUGCGAUACUUUUACAAGAGAGCCUACUUCCUCGGUGUUGUGGCUGCUGCCCUACAAAAGGACCUGGCUGAUGAUGGAGAGCUUUCAUACGAAUACCUGAAUGGGAACACCCUGUCCCCCAUUUUGUCGUUGAAACCAAAGGUGGAAGGAGAAAAAAAGGAGGGCCAGCUGGACUACAGAGUGCGCAUCAUCCCUUGCGCCCCAGACAACUUCUUCCCCAAAUCAAAGCUUCACUUGGGCGCUACCCUCGUGCGCAAAGCUGGCGGUGACGAGUCCAAGGCCGCGACCAAGCCUACGCCCUUCUACAACUCGACGAUUGUUUCCGAGUCCUGCUUCUUUCCCUACUUGAAGCUCUUGCGACAAACCGAAAAGAAAUGCGCCGCGUUCAAGAAGGCUUGCAUCCUGGGUCGGGUGUGGUUGCAACAACGAGGACUGGGAAGCGAUAUGGCGGACGGUGGUUUUGGUCACUUUGAAUGGGCGGUACUUUUGGCCCUUCUGCUCCAAAGCGGCGACAGCACCAAGGGACAUGCGCCCUUGUCUACAUCCCUGAGCGCCACCCAGUUGUUCAAGGCCAUGGUCCAGUUCUUGUCUGUUACUAACCUGUCCGAGAAGCCGUGUGUUUUGGGAACUGCCACCGUCGAGUCCGAAACCACUGGUCCGGUUCUCUUCGACGCUGUUCGUGGUUUGAACGUUGCCUUCAAGAUGAGCAACUGGUCUGCGGCCAAGCUACACCAACACGCCAAGUGGACAAGGAGCCUUCUCAACGACAGCACUGCCGACCAGUUUACCCCUACCUUCAUCCUCAAGGCCGACCUCCCCUGGCAAAACUACGACCUCAUUGCCCACCUCAACUACGAUGGAAAGCAGGACAAGACAGAACCGAUUGACUGCCGGGGACGGCUAUGGGAAUACAGCGACAAGGUGCACAGGGUUCUCAAGCGGGCUCUUCAGGACGAAGAACUAGGUGAAAGGGCUCGGUCGAUUCACAUUCAACUACCCAAGAGCUCAUCCUGGGAUCUCACCAAGAAACCCUCCACCAAGCAGAACCACACAAUCGAGAUUGGUGUCCUCUUCAAUGCCGCCAACAUGACCCGCUCUGUCGACCGCGGUCCGGCCGCUGGACCUAGCAACGAGGAGAAGGAGGAAUGCGCCAAGUUCCAGCGGUUCUGGGGUGAGAAAUCGGAACUUCGUCGGUUCGAGGGUGAUUCUAUCAGGGAGACCUUGAUCUGGUCGUCCACCUCCCCCUUUGACCUCUGCGAGGAAAUUAUGCGCUACAUCCUCAAGCUCCAUCUUCGCGUUGGCUACCUCGAGGACGAGCUCACCUUCCACGGCGAUGGCUUCACCGAGUUGAUUCCUAUCAAGCCGACCGACACCUCCGUCUUCAACGCCGCUCGCAAGGCCUUUUCCUCCUUCGAGAAGGAUAUCCGCGACUUGGACGACAUGCCGCUGCACGUCAGGCAAAUAGCCCCCAUCUGCCCCGAACUGCGACACGCCUCCGUCAAGGUGCCCUUCUCGACCGUCAACAAAUCCGGCCCACGCCCCCUGGAAUGCGUCAUCUCCUUUGAAGCCUCCGGCAAGUGGCCCGAAUCCAUCGUGGCCAUCCAACGCACCAAGAUCGCCUUCCUGCGCAUGAUCGGCGACCUCCUGGAGCGUUCCAAGCCCGGCGAGGUCCGCUCUUACGUCGGUCUCGAGUCCUCUACCACCACCAACACGGAACUCGAGAACCUCGCCUACCUCGACAUCGUCUACGAGUCCGGUCCUGCCUUCCGCCUGCGCAUCCACUCUGACCUCGAAGAGGCCCUCCUCACGCGCCAAUCGCACGACAAGACCAUCGACCAACACCACCGCCACCAAGCCUCCGUGCUCCUCUCCAACUUCCGCAGACUCUACUACCACCUCCCUCUGCACACUCAAUCCAUCAACACCUUCGCCACCCGCUUCCCCGCCUUCUCGCCCACCGUCCGCCUGCUCAAACACUGGUUCUCCUCACACAAACUCGCCUCCCACUUCACCCCCGACUUCAUUGAACUCGUCGCCCUCCAGACUUUCUUGAGCCCCUACCCCUGGGACGCACCCUCCUCCCCUUCCGUCGGCCUUCUCCGCGCCCUCCUCUUCGUCAGCAGAUGGGACUGGCGCUCCGAGCCGCUCAUCGUCGACACCAACAGCGACAUGCCAUCGUCCGAACGCUCCGCCAUCGCCACCCGUCUCGAAGCCUGGCGCAAGAUCGAUCCGCUCAUGAACCACACCGUCCUCUUCGUCGCCACGGCGCAGGAAUCUUCCGGCGUCGCUUACACCACCGUCAACGGCAUCGCGCAACCCAGCAAAGUCGUCGCAGCACGCAUGACUGCCCUCGCCAAGACCGCCUGCCACGUUAUUCGCGAAGAGGGCGUCGAGCUGGACGCUAGACGGCUGUUCGUCCCCAGUACGAAGGAAUAUGAUGUCCUAUUGCACCUUUCCCCCAAGGCCAUCAAGGCUGUAAGCAAGGUUUACCCGAGCGAGGAGCUUACGUCAAUUACUGCUGCCAAGUCUAGCAGCGGAAGCAAGUACAAGAAUUUGUCUGCAACUGCGGGUGAAGAUCCAUUGCCUUUGCCUUCUGCUCCUGUUGAUACUUUCUUUGAAAGACUCGAGCAGGUUUAUGGCUCUGGAUCAUCUGCGCCGCUGGUGUUCUUUAGAGGAAGGGAGGAGGAGAAGGUCGUGGGAGCGAUUUGGAAUCCUUCUCUCGGAAGGAGGGGGUUGAAGGUUAAUUUGGGGACUUCUUAUAAGCCGGUUAAGGCGGCGGGUAAGAGGAAGCUUGGCGGUGAUGAGAAAGAUGGAGAGGAGAAGGAGGAGAAGGAAGAAGAACAGCUGGUGGAAGUGAAUAGGGAGGCUAUCCUGAGUGAGAUUGCGAGGAUAGGAGGGGAGUUGGUGGAGAGGAUUGAGGUGCAGAGGGAAUAGAGAAGAGAGAGGAAAAGCCUUCUGCGUUGGAGGAGUAGCUGGAUGUAAGGUAGAUAGGAUGGGAGCUGUUGCUUGUUGCUCGUUGGCUGUAGAGAUACCUCAUGAAGUACUGGGUACUGGGUACUAGGUAAAUCCUUUCGAUAUUUUGCCUCUUUUGGUUGUGUAGGAAAAGUACCAAAAUAAAACCACACGGAUUAUUAUGU